AUGAUGGACGAGGACGACAGGGCGGAGAAUGGCACGCCCGACCACGCCAAAGCAUCCAAACGAGACCGAUUGAAGGGGGCCCUGGCCAGGACCAAAAGCAAAUUCAAGAAACAACCGGGGCAGAAUGAAGAGUCGGACAAUAUCCUCAGUCAUGAUGUGGAUGAGUUCCUCUCGGCAGGCCGGGCAUCGACCUCGAGCUGGACUUCUGGCCAUGAUCAUGAUCGCCUUGUUCCAUCCACCCCUAUUCCAGCAUUGAACCCCUCGUCGAUGGAGCAGUCUUCCAGACCGUCGUCGUCUUCUGACACCGUCCCUCGACCUAAACAAUCGCCGAGACGAAUCCCGGUGCCACGGAUCGACGUGUCCAACUCGCAGAGAUGGCCGACUGCGCAGCCAAUCGUUCCGCAGGAGCACCACGGUGACGGUCCCGAGUUUCUCAGUCCCGAACACCAGACUCGCAGCCAAUCAGCCAGUUCGAUACGAAAGCGCAAAGGGCGUGGUAGAGAAUUGAGCGUCAGCUUCAUCGAGGCCCCUCCCGUAAUCAUCGGCGAAGGCGGCGACGAGGCUCUGGUCCCUCCGGUCGAGAUUUCCAAGGCUCGGGCGAGAGCCAGGUCGUUCUCUCCGAUGACCAGUCGAUCCGAAUCCCAGACUGUUCAGACCCCAGAUGGGAAAGGUCAAGGGGUUGUCAAUAAUAAUUCCAAUCCUCAACCAGACGCUGCUCCUCGACCCGAUCCGCCGGAUAUUCUGCGACCUAGGGGGUUGCGCAGAGUCCAGACGGGGGCCGCAUCGGCCAACUCGGCUUCGGCUUCGGUUUCGGCUUUGGACAAAGAGUUUGAAAUGACUCUACAACUGGGUUCCGCUGUGAACUCGCCGGACGGGCCAAGCGCGUCGCCUCAUACCCAAGAGAUCAUCGCCCCGAAGCCAAUGCGUCCUCUCCGGCCACCACCACGUCUCACCGAAUCACCGGAACCUGAAGUGGUAACAACCUUCGCCACGGACGACGCCCGGAAACCUUUUAGAGAGGGAGACAUUCUCCGGCUGCAUCAUGAGCGCGACAUGUCAGAUCUGGUAGAUGAUGGCAGUGCCAGAGGAGCAGGAGCAGGAGCAUCGAGGAGAGGAACAAGUCUGGAAGAUGGUCGGCCGCCCCAGAGGACAUGA